UAACCUGCACGUCUUUGGACCCACGCAGACACGAGGAGAACAUGCAAACUGUGAAGAAGUAAAUUACUCCUCACCUUUCAUACGUGAGGAGACCCCAACGCCUCCUAACCCCUGGCUGCUGCCUUCCACUAAAUGCACGCACUUGCGGCUGAGCGCUCAUUGGUUGUCCGCGGUCACGCGCACGCACACACGUGUGCCCCGCCCCCUACGACUGAAGGCCAAAUCAAACGAGUGGCAGACCCGCCUGAUGAGUCGCAGCGGAUGUCAAACUACACGCCUGGCUGUCACACACACAAGUACUUGCUGAAAUGCUGCAUCUGCCCUACGUGCCCCGUUGGUCUUUAUGCCCUGACUGUUGUAUGAGAACGCCUUGGCAUUUCGACUUGUGUUUCUGUAUGCCGUCUGAGCUCAGAAAUGCAGGUGUGAACGGACGCACUUCUCUUUGGGUGCAAAUUCUUGGCAGUGCUCUGGAGCGUCGCUGUCACGUGACUUUAAUGUGCUGUCAUUUUUGUCACAGCUGGUAGUAUUCCUAACCCAUUGUGCUGAUAAAGAGAGAUGCCAGGCAGAGUACAGAGUGACGAAUAUGGCAGGAGUUGGGUGAUGAGAUAUUCUGGGUCAUGCUGGGUAUACAAAGUGAAACUGAGUUGACAUCCUGCCUUGUGUCUUCAGAGCUCGUUGUGACUCUGCCAUCUGAAGGGUAGACAUUAUAUGGGUGCCUGCUCUGAGAUAAGAGGGAAGGAGAUGAAGAAAACAGGAUGGCAUGAGAUGAAGUGAGUGCAGUGGGCAGAGAUGCCAAUGUAUAGACUGACUGCUCGGCCCAGCAGCUGGGUGUUUCUCCCCUCUGCUGUUUCUGGUACCAAAUACUGUGUGUGUGUUGCCAGGGAUGGACUGGCAUCUGAGUUGAGAUGGACCCCUGUUACCUUGCCUGGAUGGGAGACUGAUAUAAAGGAUGGUCUCUGCCAGGACGCUGGCAUCAAGGAUCAGUAUGAAAGAACAUGCAGCAGCACUGGCAUCUGGGCAGGGAUGGACGAGACCCCUUUUCCUGGCCAGGAUGCCAAUGUUGCAGAGUGACAGUGUGGCAGCAUCCCAGCCCAGAUGGUUGGGAGAGACAGUGGCAGACUCCCUCCCACACUUAUGUCAUCCCCCAGUGUACUCCCAUCUGGACUCCCGCAGGGCAGCAUGGGAGUUGUAGUUCUGUAGAGCUACCCUGUUGUGUACAGUGGGUGCCACCAGGGGGAGCUUCUGGAAGGCGACCUCCUGUCCCGGAGUGGAUCCUGGAGACAACAGCUUGACACUGGAAUUACCUUCAAGUCGGGUUUUUAAAGGGAGCCCCCGAGGUCGCCUUGGGGCUGGAGUCUGGAGGAGGAUGGUGGCGCCCACGUGCCCGCCUGGGAGGACUGUAGGAGAGAGCAGGAAUUGUGUUUGUACUGAUUGUGAAAGGAAGACGUCUGUUGAGAGGGAUCAGCAACCUUUGAGCUCAGACUGGAGUCAGAGGGCUGUGUUUGGGGGUCUGGGAUGCCCCCUAGUGGCCACCACAAAUACGGCGUCUAACUUUUAAGAGGAUGCUGAACCGAGAACUGACGCACCUGUCGGAAACCAGCAGGUCUGGGAAUCAGGUCUCCGAGUUCAUCUCCAACAUGUUUUUAGAUAAGCAGCAUGAGGUGGAGAUCGUGUCGAGUGGACCAAAGGACAAAGACAAGAAGCAGCAGGAGCAGCAGCAGCAGCAGCAGCAGCCCAUGUCUCAGAUCAGUGGAGUGAAGAAGCUGACCCACAGCUCCAGCGUCACCACCAGCAGCAUCCCGCGCUUUGGGGUGCAGACCGAGGCAGAAGAACCCCUGGCCAAGGAACUGGAGGACGUCCAUCGGUGGGGCCUCGACAUUUUUAAGGUGGCGGAGUACUCUGGUAACCGCCCUUUGACAGUCAUCAUGUACUCCAUUUUCCAGGAGAGAGACCUUCUGAAGUCGUUCAAGAUCCCCGUCGAGACGUUCCUCACCUUCAUGAUGACUCUUGAGGACCACUACCACCUGGACGUGGCCUACCACAACAACAUGCACGCCGCAGACGUGGUGCAGUCCACCCACGUCCUCCUUUCUACCCCCGCGCUGGAGGCCGUCUUUACAGACCUGGAGGUCAUGGCUGCUAUUUUUGCCAGUGCGAUACAUGAUGUGGACCACCCGGGCGUGUCAAAUCAGUUCCUGAUCAACACCAACUCUGAACUGGCUCUCAUGUACAACGACGCCUCUGUGCUCGAGAAUCACCACCUGGCGGUGGGCUUCAAGCUGCUUCAGGAGGAAAACUGCGACAUCUUUGCCAACUUGACCAAAAAGCAACGGCUGUCACUGCGCAAAAUGGUGAUUGACAUGGUGCUGGCGACUGAUAUGUCCAAACACAUGAACCUGCUGGCCGAUCUGAAGACCAUGGUGGAGACGAAGAAAGUGACCAGUUUAGGGGUCCUCCUCCUGGAUAAUUACUCAGAUCGCAUUCAGGUCCUUCAGAAUAUGGUCCACUGUGCAGACCUGAGCAACCCCACCAAGCCCCUGGAGUUGUACCGGCAGUGGACGGACCGCAUCAUGGUGGAGUUCUUCACCCAGGGAGACCGAGAGCGGGAUAGGGGAAUGGAGAUCAGCGCCAUGUGUGACAAGCACAACGCCUCCAUUGAGAAGUCGCAGGUGGGCUUUAUCGAUUACAUUGUGCAUCCCCUCUGGGAGACAUGGGCUGAUCUCGUGCACCCUGAUGCCCAAGAGAUCCUGGACACUCUGGAGGACAACCGUGAGUGGUACCAGAGUAUGAUCCCGCACAGCCCGUCCCCACCUCCUGAGGACCAAGAGAGAGACGAUGCCAUCCCUGGCGACAAGUUCCAGUUUGCACUCACGCUGGAGGAGGAUGAGGCCGAGUCGGACAACGACAGCCCAGCAGAAGACGACACCAGCAGCAGCGACGCCAGGACGCUCAUCACCGACGACUCGGAGUCCACCGACGGGGCCGUAGAGACGUUGCCAAAGCUGGGCCCCCCACCCCAAGAGCCUCCGGGGGACCACAGCAGUGUGCCUGGUGGGCCGACAGCCAUAGCAAGUGUCACAGUAGCACAAGACCCGAAUCAAACAACGGCCGGGGUGACACGUGAGUUGGAGACGGCCGUCGAAGGAAGAGAGUGCCCCGUGGACCAAGAGGGCAACGUUCUGCUGGCUCAGCUGGGCACAUAGCACAAGAGGGUACCGUGCCCGCUACGUAGGCUCACGUCGCUCACGCUUCCCACUUGACCAGGCAUGGCAGCCGGCUGUCUUUAGGGCGCCCUGAGCGACUCGUGGAAGGAGGAGUGCCGGCCUCUGGCGACAUCUCUUUUAGACAUCACUGGCCCGGGGUGCAGAGCCCCCCAGACGGCCAGAGGAUGGACAGACGGACAAGACGGGACGUCCAUACGGAGGUGUCUUCCUGCGCCUGACUCGUUCUGAGUGAGGCUGUCGUAGCAGCGUUACAGACCAGCAGCUGGGUGGGAGAGUGGAGCCGGACCCCUGAGGACCACCCUGCACCUGGCGAACAUUCAGAAUCUGCUGGUUUUGUACACUUUA